AUGGCGGACGGGUGGGAAGCAGAAAAAGUGUUUAACUCGACUGUGUACGGCUUCACUUAUGACGACCUCAUACUAAUGCCGGGGCACAUAGGGUUCGGUGUGGACUCCGUCGACCUGUCUACAAGGCUAACGAGGGGCAUCACCCUGCGUCUUCCACUAGUUUCCUCCCCUAUGGAUACGGUCACCGAGCACAAAAUGGCUAUUGGCGUGGCUCUUAUGGGGGGAAUUGGUAUUAUUCACAAUAAUAUGGAGAUAGCGCAGCAGGUACAGCAAGUGCGGAAGACCAAACGCUUCGAGAAUGGAUUCAUAACGGAACCUUUUGUUUUGAAGCCUACUGACACGGUUCAUGAUGUUGAUUGCAUCAAAAAGAAAUACGGGUACAGUUCGGUGCCAAUCACAUCAACGGGGGCACUUGGCGGAAAACUGGUGGGAAUUGUCACAUCACGAGACAUCGACUUCAUCACGGACAGGCAUACUCCGCUGAGCGAGGUCAUGACGACGGACCUUAUUGUAGGCCACGAGCCACUUGACCUCACUCAAGCCAACGAGAUCAUGAGAAAGUCGAAAAAGGGGAAACUGCCCAUUGUGAAUGCGAACUUCGAGCUUGUCGCAUUAGUUUCUCGCAAUGAUUUGAAAAAAAAUAGGGAGUACCCGCUAGCAUCCAAGGAUCCUAACAAGCAGCUGUUGGUGGGCGCAGCUCUCUCCACAAGGCCGGGAGAACUUGAAAGAGCGAAAGCGUUGUUGCAAGUCGGAGCUGAUGUUCUGGUUAUAGACAGCAGCCAAGGUGAUUCUGUGUUUCAAGUGGAUCUCGUAAAACAGCUAAAGUCGGCCUACCCAAACACGCAGAUCAUUGGAGGAAACGUGGUCACGGCGCGACAAGCUAAGUCUCUCAUAGACGCCGGAGUCGACGCGCUGCGGGUUGGCAUGGGGAGCGGAUCAAUUUGCACUACUCAGGUGGUCUGCGCUGUGGGUCGGGCCCAGGCCACAGCUGUAUACCACGUCAGCAAGUACGCCAGAGAAAUGGCAAACAUCCCUUGCAUUGCUGACGGCGGAAUACAGAAUUCCGGCCAAGUCGUCAAAGCGCUAGCCUUAGGGGCCAGCACAGUGAUGGUUGGAUCUCUCUUAGCAGCUACGGAGGAAGCCCCAGGGGCUUACUACUUCCACAACGGCGCUCGCGUGAAGAGCUACCGUGGUAUGGGUAGCAUAGAAGCUAUGCGAGCGGCGUCGGGGGCCGGACAGCAGCCCCCGGCUGAUGGUAGCACCAGCCCCACGUCCUCCGCUUCCGGUGGUUCAGCGGCACGAUAUUUUGCAGAAGGUCAAAAAAUUCGCGUGGCACAGGGUGUCACAGGCUGUCUUGUUGAUAAAGGCUCUAUUCGCAAUCUUAUACCUUAUCUAAUGCAAGGGGUGAAGCACGGAUUCCAGGAUGCAGGAGUGCCUAGCAUUCAAGCACUUCACGAGCAGCUGUACUCGGGCCAAGUCCGCUUCGACGUCCGGUCUGCCGCGGCACAGAGAGAAGGCAAUGUUCACAGCCUAAUGGUUUUCGAUGGAGCAAGCAAAAACUAA